CUGCGGCUGCUAGCGGAGGCGAGUGACUCGGCGUGUGCCAGCUUACCCAGGGCUUACACUGCCGGACGCAAUGAGUGAGGCUCGGGAGGUGUUCCUGCGAGCUCGGGGCAGGAGCUUUACUUCAUUUAACAAAGAUGCAGAAUCACAGUGGAAAGGCCCCUUCUACUUUAUACAAGGAGCAGAUCCGCAAUUUGGCCUUAUGAAAUCCUGGGAAAUUGGUGAUUGUGAUUAUGGAGGUGAUGAAUGGGAGCAGGAGAUCAGAUUAACUGAAGAAGCUGUGAAGGCCAUUAAUAAGCUAAGCCCCAAACCGAAGUUCUUUGUGCUGUGCGGUGACCUCGUUCAUUCAAUGCCGGGAAUAGAAUGGAAAGAAGAACAAGAAAAAGAUCUGAAAAAUGUCCUUCAGAAAACUCACCAAGAAAUUCCACUGGUGUUUGUCAGUGGUAAUCAUGACAUAGGCAAUGCACCAACCCCUGAAACAAUACAGGCAUACUGUGACAGUUGGGGAGAUGACUACUUCUCUUUCUGGGUUGGCGGCGUUUUCUUUCUUGUUCUCAACUCUCAGCUGUUCUUUGAUGCAUCCAAAUGCCCGGAACUAAAAGACAACCAUGACCGUUGGCUUGCUGCUCAACUAGCCAUAGCUGAGGAGCGGAAAUGUAAACAUGCAAUAGUGUUUCAACACAUCCCUCUGUUCCUCCAGAAAGCAGAUGAAGAUAAUGACUAUUUCAACAUUGAAAAGUCUCUCCGACAGGAAAUAUUACAAAUGUUUCUUAAAGCAGGUAUUAAAGCCGUAUUCUCUGGACACUAUCACAGAAAUGCUGGCGCCAAGUACAAUGAUCUGGAUAUGGUGGUAACUUCAGCCAUUGGUUGUCAGCUUGGUAAAGACGCCCAUGGCCUUCGUGUGGUUGUUGUCACAGAAGACAAGAUUGUGCACAAAUAUUAUAGCUUAAAUGAACUCAAUACCAAUGGGCUUGACCAGGAACUUGUGGACUUACUUAAAACAAAAUAAUACUUAUUAGUUCUUGAGAACUAGUCUACAGCAUGGUCAGAUUUCCUAGAUCUCACUAGUGACUGGGCAGAUGCAUAUCUCCCAGUAUGCUCAUUAAAAAAAAAA